AUGCCUUUUCAGGUUUUCAAUAUUCUUUGCGUUUCUGCAGAGCCAUUCACAGUAGAGCCUGAGGCACUUGAGUUCCUCGCUAGACAUUCGUUCGAUUUUAAUCGAUUAAUUGAUUCGGGUGUGCGAUACUAUCCAAGUACAGCGUGCCCGCUCAGAUCGCUUAUAACAGAAAUCUUGUCACGCGGUGCGCCACUGAUCUUACACAAUGGUCUAGUGGAUCUCGCUUUUAUAUAUCAUCACUUUUAUUCACCUACUCCUGAUUGUUAUGGUGAGUUUUGCAAUGCGCUUGCUGACUUAUUUCCUUCUGAUUCUCCGACGCGUAUGGCUGGCUCCUUUCUGGAGUACGUCUUCCGGAAAUGGUCCGUUCACCUUUUCACAUUUUUUCUGCUUAUAAAAAAAUUCGAUCACUUCAGUCAAGGAGACAAUGUUCGCGAAGAGUUAGCAUCACGCUGGCAUCUGAAAAUCACCUUUGAUGACACAGCGUUGAUGAUGGCACCGCUGCGAAAUGCAUGCGAAAGAGUAAAUUGUCAACUUCCAGCUGGUUUCCCAGAGCACGUGGUACCUUGCGAUCUCAAAGGAAAAGUGUGCGAACAAUUUUCUAAUCAUGGAUUUUGUCGAAAACAACGACAAGGACAGUGCAACCUAUUGCACGAUGUUGAUUAUGCCAUUGAUCUCGAGAAUGAAAAAUUGGAGAAGAAUAGGAAAAAGAGGAAAAGGAGGUAAGU